GUGGACCGAGCAGAGCCCGAGCUCUCUUAUGCAUGACACAACUUCGACUUGGUGGCUUCCUGCUCGUCUGAAGCAGUUCUUUUAGGAGAAGACGAGUUCCCUCUGGCGCUCGGGCUCUUUCGUCUGUUUGAAAGGUUUUUUCUGAUUAAUCGACUGAAAAAAAAAGAAAGAAAAGAAAAUCACAUUUGUCAUAUCAGAAGCGGGUGCUUGUCAAUAUGGAUACAACGUCGACGCUGCCAUAUUGUCUUCAGCGUUAAACUUCGUUCCUCUGGGAUUAAGAAGGGACACCCUGAAACACAGCUGAUCCCGGGAGGUCAGGCGCUCUCUGACCCUGAUCCCCCUGCAGGAGGACAUGGAGGUCCUGCGGAAGUCCUCUGUGUUUGCUGCGGAGGUCCUGGAUGUGUUUGACCGAUCGUUGACUGAGAAGGAGCUGGUGACCCAGUCUAAAGCCCUGUGCAGAGACUACAUCCUGUCCAGACUCCACCAGAAUGGACUGGGGUGGUCCAAAACUGAACUCCACCUCUCUCCGUCAAAUGCAGCGCUCGCUGAGGCGUCGUUGGUGCUUCUCUGUCUUGGCGACGAGCUGGAGUGUAUACAGCCCAGUUUGUACAGGAACGUGGCCCGGCAGCUCAACAUCUCUGUUGCCAUGGAGAACAUGGUUUCAGAUGCCUUCAUCGGCGUGGCAACAGAGAUCUUCUCAACAGGUAUAACAUGGGGUAAGGUGGUAUCCAUGUAUGCGGUAGCCGGAGCCCUAGCAGUGGACUGUGUCAGACAGGGUCAUCCAACCACCGUUCACAUCUUAGUGGACAGUCUGGGACAGUUUGUCCGCAAGUUUCUGGUUCCCUGGCUGAAGAGACGGGGAGGAUGGGCGGAGAUCACAAAAUGUGUGUUGAAGCAGGAUCUUACCCCUGAGCACCACUGGCUGUCGUCUGUCAUCGAGUCCCUGAAGUACUUCCUCACUACAGUGUACGUCUACAUCAUGAAGGAGACAUGAAUCAGCACAGACUGAGUGCACCAGAGUCCUCAUCGUCGAUAUGAGAGCAUAUCUCAGACUUGUUAAUAAUAAUAAUGGAUGGAGUCGAGAUGGUCGCUGUGCCUGCCAGCGCUGAAUGGCCAUCAACAAAUGUUUCAUCAGCAUUGUGCGUGCGUGUGUCAUCUCGGUUUCGGAUAAGUGAUUACCUCCAUCCAAAGAGUAGUCACUGUGAUAUUUAAGAACAUACGCGGCAAUGAAAAAAAAGGUUUGUGUCCCUCCACCUCUUCUACAUACUGUGGCGCUGCCGGUGCAGAAUGUGUGUGUGUGUGUGUGUGUGUGUGUGUGUGUGUGUGUGUGUGUGUGUGUGUGUGUGUGUGUGAGAGAGCGAGAGAGAGAGAGAGAGAGAGAGAGAUGGUUGUCAGGUUGCACUCCUGAGAGAAACUGUCCGAUGCAUUGAUUUGAUGUUCGUCUCAGUAAAUAUACCUGAAGGAAGAAUGAAAGGGAAAGCCACGUUUUUAUUGAAAAUUGAUGCUCAGCUGGCUGGGUCUUGUGAGUUUUUCGGAGUCUGAAAGGAACUGCUAUCAUGUGGUGAUUUGCACUAUUGUACAUCACCACGACAGCACGGGCAGCGUCUCUUCCAGAGUAUGAUUAAACUUUCUGCUGCAAUUUUAGACACUAUUGACCAAGAAAUGUUAAGUCUCUUUUUAGGCCAAAGAAGAAUGGUACUUUACUUUAGUUUGGUUAAAUUGAUUUCCUUUUUUAAAAUCUGUAAAUAUUUUCAUGCAGGAUUUCUUUUUCUUUUUUUAAAAUCUUUAUUUUGAUUAUGACUAACAAUUGAAGCCACUGGAGUAUAACGACAAGGGCUCUUCAGGAUGAUUGUGUGGUAUGUUUUAUGGUUGUCACUUUAACAUGGUUAAUUUAUA